AUGGCCGACGACGAUUUCGCUCCUGGUUGGAUCCCAAAGAGCGCCAUGGACGCUGUGCUGCAAGAGCAGAACCUGAUCCAAGAAUCCGAAAUCGCUGAGCUGGAGAGGGAGCUGGCUGGAAAGCAUAAGAGCAAGGAGAGUUCUAAGAAGGAGAAGAAGGAAAAGAAAAAGAAGUCGAAGUCCGGCAAGAAGAAGGACAAGAAGAAGCGGAAAUCAAAGCAUGAGAAGAAGUCCAAAGAGAAGAAGAAGGAAACCAAGUCCUCUUCCUCUUCCUCCUCCUCCUCCGAUUCAUCCGAUGGAGAGGAUGACGACAGAAAGAAGGAUGAGGGAGGUUCUUGGGCAACGGCACAGGCAGCUCAGGUUGCGAAGACCGAGGUGGUCCAAGACCAUUCCGAGCUCGAUGCUCUUCUCUUCUCCUCGUCCUCAGGCAAGACCUCCAAGGACAAGAAGGAGGAAGGAGACGAAGUGGAGAGGGCAGAGAGGCCCGGGUUCCUGCAGCUGCUGCAAACCAACCCUGAGACCGGGCAGGUUAAGGCUGGUGGGCUGUGGAACCCGAGGCCAUCUGAUUCCAAGGAGGAGGAGAGGAGGGAGGAGAGGCCAACCGCUUCCUCUGGUCAGCCGCAAGUUGGAGAUGGUGGUCUUAGCUGGAAGGAGCUGGCGGAGAGCAGAGCAGAGUCGCUCUCUGAGCUGCAGAAUGUGAGGCUGUGUGAGGCGGAGUCCUCGGCAGCGUCGUCUCGACAGGAGCAUGCAGGGAGAAGGUCGUACCUUGAUGACGUGGGGAGCGGGAGAUCGAGAAAGAAGAUGAAGAGACCAGAUGAAAGCAGGGAACAAGAUGACAUCUGGAAUCGUGAUGGGGAGAAAUCGCUGACAGGAGUGGAUUCUUUCAAUCAAUUUCGCAAUGACGGCUCGUUCCUUGAGACUUUUCUGGCGCAACAAAAGAAGUCGGAGAGUUCUGACAAGCGCCAAGACAAAGAUGAACAUGCACGUGAGCGAAGGGACCGGGAGGAUCGGAGGGACCGGGAGGACAGGAGGGACCGGGAGGACAGGAGGGACCGGGAGGAUCGGAGGGACCGGGAGGAUCGGAGGGACCGGGAGGACAGGCGGGACCAGGAGGAUCGGAGUAGGCCUGGAGACUGGACUUGUCCCCUGUGCAAUGCUUCUGUCUUCGCCUCCAAGACUCAUUGUUACCGAUGCGGAAAGAAGCGAGACAGUUUGUUUCAUGAGAAGGACGCCGAGGAUUUAUCUUCCAAGAAAGGCGGGAGGAAAGAAACUGAAGAGAAGGAAGACAAGAAGCGAACUUCGAGCGAGAUUGUCCGUAACGCUAGAGACGAGAAAGGAGUAGAAGGAGGAGGAGGAGUAGAAGGAGGAGGGGGAGGAGCAGCAGCAGCAGCUCGUGCCGAAGACCAAUCUCUUCCUUCAACCGCCGCCAAUGACCGGGAAGUACCCAAAGCAGCAGAGAAGAAACAGGGAGGAGGAGAGGAGGCGGCGGGAGAUGUGGAGAUGUCGCUGUCAGAACCAUCAGCCCAACUUGAACCGACGCCUGCAAGAGAAGAGAGUAGCACUGCAAGCCAGGAGCCGAGUUUCGAUAUUGAGUUCCUCAAGGGGCUCGACAGAAACAAGCUGGAAGCUCAAGCACUCAAGGUGAAGCAGCGACGGAGAGAGAGGGAGGCGCAGCUGCGGGGAGACAACAAGAAGUACGAGGAGCUGAUGACACAGAUAGCUGCUAUCGACAGGAUGCGAGGAGGGGAGGGGAGGAGGAGGAGGAGGAAGAGGAGGAGGAGGAGGAGGAGGAGGAGGAGGAGGAGAACCGAGAUGAGCGACCAAGAAAAGGCAACAAGAGACCGCAAGAUUCACUUCGAGGCUAAGACUGACCUGGGGAAAGGGCAGCGAGAAAAAUACUUUGCUGACGACGAUAUGACGGUCGAUCAGUGCGACGAAGACACUCUGGACGAGAUCCGAAACUUCAAGAAGUGUUUGCUGCAAACCUUCCACCAGAUGGACAUGGACUGCAUCUUUUUCGAAACAGCUAUCUCCCUCGACCGCAUGCCCCAUGCUUCUGUCGAAUGCGUUCCUCUCGUCCGAGACAAAUCUUCGAACGCUCCCAUGUACUUCAAGAAGGCCAUCAUGGAAGUUGAGAACGAGUUCGAGUCUCAGAACAGAGCGCUGAUAGACACCCGUGGUGUCAAGAAGCUUGCAACCAAGAUCCCCAAGCACAUGCCUUACUUCUCCGUCGAGUUCGGCCUGCAGGGAGGGUUCGCGCAUGUGGUGGAGAACGAGCGGAAGUUUCCCAAGACCUUCGGGGCUGACAUUCUCUGUGGCAUCCUCGGGCUACCAGCCACCAUCACCCAGAGGUGA